CCCCUCCCUCACACCCCCCAUUAUCACCCUCCUUCCUUCUUCCCCCCUCCUGCAACUUUUUUUGUUCAAUCCUUCACUUCUCCAUUACUUGUCUAAAUUACCUUAUAUAUCAUCUCCUCUCAUUACAGUUUGACCUGGUAAGCUGCCUGUAGACUUUUUUAUUAUUAUUUCUGUUGCAGGAUUGGGGGAGGAAUUUCUUUUUCUUUUCUUUCUUUUUUUUCAAGUUCAUUCAGGCUCAGAGAUGAAGCGUCCACAUGCCGGCGACGAUGAGAAGAUGAAAAAGCUGAAGCUGGUGAGUGUGGAUGAGCAGGGUGACGAUUGGGCUUCAGGGAACCCUAGUGGCCCCCUGUAUUUCGACGAUAAUCUGCUGUUCGAGGUGUUGAAGCACGUGGACGCGAGGACGCUGGCGAUGGCGGCCUGCGUGAGCAAGCAGUGGCACAAGACGGCGCAGGAUGAGCGGCUUUGGGAGCUGAUCUGCACCAAGCAGUGGGCUAACACCGGCUGUGGUGAGCAGCAGCUGCGAUCCGUCGUACUUGCCCUCGGCGGCUUCCGUCGUCUCCACGCGCUCUUCCUCUGGCGUCUCUCCAAGCCCCAAUCCUCUUCUGCAUCCGCGUCGGCCUCCUCCUCCUCGUCGUCGGCGUCUUGGCCUGCGUUCCAGCCGAUGAUGCGCUCCAAACCGUCCCCUCGCUUAGGGAAAGACGAGGUUCAUCUCUCCCUGUCGCUCCUCUCUAUUCGCUAUUACGAGAAAAUGAAUUUCAAUAACAGAAGCAGAUAAAUUUUUCGCACCUACUUCUGAUUCCUCUUAUUUCUAUCUUCACCCGCCUGUGAGAUUUCGGCUUUGGAGUUAUUCUUGUGCAGGUUUUGGAUUUCAGAUACUAGAUCUGUUGUUUUAUUGACGAAGAAUGAACUGUCUGUUGGGUAAAUUCGGAAGGAAUCGUUGAAUGAGAUGUAUUAUAAUAUUUGAUAAAUCCAAAGAUUGAAUUAUGAUUUCUGCGGAUUUAAUUGAUUGAUUUAUAUGGUUUGCCAUAAGAAAAUUAGCAAGGAAUGGGCUUCAUACUCCAGCAGCCAAGACCUUGCUCUGGAACCGAAUGCUCAGAAGGCUCGAAUGCGAUCGGUAUUCCAUAGCCGUGGCAUUAGGCAAAUUAUUAUUCCUUAUUCCUCUUUUGAUACACUGAGACACUCUGGUCAUGGGACUUGCCAGCAGGAAUUGUCUGUUUUGGACGAAUACCAUGUUUGUCUCUGUUUUCAUUUU